CGUCUAUCAAACUUCCAACUCACAAUUCCUACACCUGAUCUAAAGCCUAUCACCAAUUCAGCUGCGAGUCCCCUCUCCAGCCUCUCCGCAACCAAGACCAUGCCGACGCCUUGAACAAUCCGUCCGAUCUACACCACCAUGCCACCCUCCCCCCUCACCCUCCUCGCCUCCCCCACCUUCCUCCUCACCACCGCCUUCGCCCUCCUGCUCGCACUCACCCUCCGCCUCCUCGCCAUCCUCCCACCGCGCCCCCGCCGCACCGCUCCGCGCCGCAUCGGCGACCCAACCCGCCUCCUCGUCGUCCUCGGCAGCGGCGGCCACACCGCUGAAAUGCUCUCCGCGCUGCGCCAGCUGGACACCCAGAAAUACACGCGCAGAACAUACGUGGUUAGUUCUGGCGACGCCUUCAGCGCCAGAAAAGCCGAUGAGUUCGAGCGCGGGCUAGAAACGCGUGGAGGUGGAGACGGAAAAGGGAAGGGGAACACAGGCGCAGGGGCGUAUGAUAUAGCAGUUGUGCCGCGCGCGCGGCGGGUGCAUCAGUCGCUGCUGACGGCGCCGUGGAGCGCGGGGAGGUGUUUGUGGGCGUGUUUUGGGGUGCUGCGUGUGUCGGGGAAGAAUGGGGAUGUGGUGGGCCAGGAGUACGACUAUCCGGAUCUGAUUCUCACAAAUGGGCCGGCGACGGCAGUGAUUGUCAUUCUGGCGGCGUAUAUUUUGAGAUUUUUUGAUGUCGGGGGCGCGAAUUCGAGGGGGAAGAUGCGGACGAUCUAUAUGGAGAGCUGGGCCAGGGUGACGACACUGAGUUUGAGCGGGAAGUUGCUGCUCUGGGUGUUGAAGGCGGAUAGGAUGCUGGUGCAGUGGGAGCAGCUAAAGGGGAUGGGAGGACGGGCGGAAUUUCUAGGGGUGCUGGUUUGAAGUUCUGGGAGUAUCUGUCCGCAUUUGAGUGCGUUCAAGCGUUGGCGUUGGACAGAGAAAAGUACUUGAUGGAUGGUAUGAUAUGGGUUC